AUGGUCAUGUACCAGCAUCGUGAGCCUAAAAAGCUGCCCAAGUCACCAGCCAUUCCUCAUGGAAUAUCUUCAUUUCAAUCGCACAUGAUUUCUUCUAUGUCUCACCCUCUCACUAUUUGCCCCCACACAUCGACUGUGCAGGCUGCGUCCCCAAGCCUUCUUAUUAAAGAGAACCAUUCUUCUAUUCCUCAUAUCUACCUUAACACGGCGCACACUCAGACUCAAUCCGAUGACUUUCAUCAGCCGGCAGUAGCCGUACCUAUCGAUUCUGAUGAAACCUACAAGGAACAUGGCGUCUGUGACACCAUGAUUUGUCAGAAUGGAUCUCGGAAUGAAUCCCAGAAUAAAGAUGAGGGAUCUUGCAACAACUACUAUGUCGAUGGAGAGCAGGGCAUAGCCGGACUUACAAAUGGCACGGAAAUGCCGACAGCUGAAGAUUUAGCGGCAGUAUGGUCUCCAGAAUUGGAUGCUCCAUAUCAUCAUUCACACAGCGAGCAACCUGGUAGCACCAUCCCAGAGAGUCCAGUACAGGAAAUGCCACCUGAUGUUGCAAAUAAAUCCACUUUCCCGGCCCAAUGGUCUGAUGCGGACUCCUUUGAUCAAGUGUCAAUCAGUCCCAUCCACACUAUUCCAGUUCUUGACCCAAUGUGCCCUACUUAUCCGACUAUCACUAUUUUGGAGGACAAGGAUUAUCAGCCAACUGUACACCAAAUCUCUCCAGCCCAUGGAAAUAGGGCGAUAGCCUUUCCACCGACCCAAUUCCAGCAGACUGAUAGUCGAACAUCAGCAUUAAGAAAAAAGCGUCAGCUAAAUAACUCACAACCGACGCAGUCCACUUUAGUAAGGGCAACAUCUGAACGUCUAUCAGUUACAGUCCCUGGUCGAAAUUCCCGAUCCAGCAACACAUCUCGUGCUCGUCGGCACUCGCGUGGUUCGCCCUCAGCCCAGAGUACAGAAAGCGAUGAUUCAGAGGAUAGUGACUACCAUGAGCACAGUCAUGCAGGAGACCAGAUAACAAACCUCGAGUCGGAACCUCGUCCAGCAAAAAGACAGAGGCGGGCUGACGCUGGCACACAUCCUUGUCGCCAGCGUCGAGGAAGACUGCAGGAACGAGAUCAUUCAACAGCAUCGUUACAGAGUCGGCCAAGUCUUGAAUCCAUGGUGCAGAAUUCGACCAGUUCAGAGACAAUCCGUAUUGAUGGUCGUCUUCUCCGUAAAGUGUCCUUGGGCCGAGCUGAGUAUUGCUGCUGGUUCACAGAGGCUCAAGGCUCGACCGCCCUUAGCCCUGCCUGGUCUGAUUGUUUGGCCGCAUUUCAGAAGCAGGCUAACGAGCGGGAUCAGUGGACCAGCAUGUCUGACCUUCAAGUUAUUAACAUUGAAGGCAUAUUCACUCGGGAACUCAACCCUUGUGGGUAUACAUGGAGCUGUUCAUUUAAAGAGAGAUAUACACCACCACAAACUGACAAAUCAUCUCACGAAGAGCGCUUAACCCCAGAUGAAGACGGCUUUAUGGAAGACAACGAAGUCUCCCAGCUUGUGGAAAUGCCCGUAUCGUCGAAGGGCAACGAGUACACUCCCGAAGAAGACAAACUGAUAAUACAACUCAAAGAGGUCGAAAAGCUUCCAUGGUCACGUAUUGCGGCGCAUUUUCGUGGAAGAACGAAAAGCGCUCUUCAAGUACGAUACUGUACGGCUUUAAAGGAUAAGCGGCAUAAGAGUCAAACGAAAGGUCGCAGGAAGCCGAGAACUAGCCAACCAAGGGUUGCUGCAGAGAAAUCUCGACAAGAUAUUGAGAAUUCAACUCCCAGUCGCCAAUAUAGCCUACGGCAGUCACGACAAAUUCCAGAUCGUUAUGUUCCCGAGUAAAAUUUUUAGAUAGAUAUAUGUAUAUAAAGAUCUCUACCAGUCUUGAGU